AUAAUCAUUCACAACACAAGUUACAUUGUUUUUCCUUUUACAAACUCAUAAACCAAAACCAAGACACUAACACACAACAAAAGUUUCUUUGAUUUCAUCAAUGGCACCAAAAGCCGAGAAGAAACCCGCAGCCGAGAAACCGGCCGCCGCCGAAAAGGCUCCGGCAGAGAAGAAGCCAAAAGCCGGAAAGAAGCUUCCAAAGGAAGCCGGAGCCGCCGCCGCUGGAGACAAGAAGAAGAAGAGAUCGAAGAAAAGCGUCGAAACCUACAAGAUCUACAUCUUCAAGGUUUUGAAGCAAGUACAUCCUGACAUCGGAAUCUCUAGUAAAGCCAUGAGUAUCAUGAACAGUUUCAUUAACGACAUUUUCGAGAAGCUUGCUCAGGAAUCUUCCAAACUUGCACGGUACAACAAGAAGCCUACAAUCACUUCUCGGGAAAUUCAGACUGCCGUUAGACUUGUUCUUCCUGGUGAAUUGGCCAAGCAUGCUGUUUCUGAAGGAACUAAAGCUGUCACCAAGUUUACUAGCACUUAAUUCUUGGUAUAAUGUUUUGCUUUGUGGAAUUCGAGGUAAUAAUUAGGGUUUAGGUUCGAAAAAAUUAGGAAAAAAAUGUUAAUUUAAAUUGGAGGUUACUGGUUAGAUAAAAUUAGGUUAUUUUCUGAAUAGAUUGGUUAAUGAUGUAUGAUACCAAGAAUUUGAUCUUACAGUCUUAUGGAAUGGAAUUGCUUCUUUGAAA